ACAGACGCACCAAGAUCCUUCCUCAAGGCUUUCCAAAUCCCCAGAAGAGAGUCUCUGUCUUUCCUGCUUCUCCAUACUUUCCCUGUCCACGUAUCGGAAGGCAAUGAAAAUGAAAAGCAUGUACUUUGUGGUGGGCUUGAUUUUAAUGCUCGUACAAAGCAGCUGGCAGAGCACCCUUCGAGAAACAGAAGAGAAAUCCAGAUUAUUCAAAGCUUCCCAGGCUGAACCAUUAGAUGACUCUAGACAGCUGAAUGAAGUGAAACGUCACUCACAAGGUACAUUCACCAGCGAUUACAGCAAAUUCUUGGACACGAUACGGGCUCAAGAUUUUGUAGAGUGGUUAAUGACCAGUAAAAGAAACGGACAACAAAGACAAGAAGAAACAGAGAAAGAAAAUCUGCUGGAUCAGCUCUCAAGCAAUGGACUUGCCAGACGUCAUGCUGAAUACGAGAGGCACGCUGAUGGCACCUAUACCAGUGACAUCAGCUCUUACUUGGAAGAGCAGGCAGCCAAGGAAUUCAUUGCUUGGCUAAUGAACGGACGGGGGAGAAGAGAUUUGUCAGAAGGCACUGCUAAAGCUGUAAACAUUGCCAGAAGACAUCCAGAUGGCACUUACAACAGUGAUCUUCAUGAAAUCCUGGAUGAAAUUGCUACCCAAGAAUUCUUGAAGUGGGUGCUUGAGGCGAAAGUGACGGAGAGGGAUCUUUCGGGAAAAUACCAAGGAGGUACAGAAUAAACAUGGCAUAAAUUAAGAUCUUCACAACAUCAGCUACCUGUCAUUAGGGAAUUUUGAAAUUCACAUGUUUUAAUGUUUCAGGACCUGUACCCUAAAGCCAAACAGCUCAUCAUUUAUUCUUUCAUCCAACUAUGAAAGGAUUGUGUAGAGGAUAUAAUAUUGACAGUUGGCCAACUGAAGUAAUAGGUCUAUUGACAGAAGUACUCUAUGAUUUUUCCAUUUAUUUAAGGAGGAUUCUAAACAAGUCGCAAGCAACUGCAUCUAUAUUCAGCAGUGGCAUUUUUGUCUAGGAAGAUGAAGCAAUUGCACAGUGCAAUUCUAAAGAGAGUUAGGCCCUUCUCAGUCUAUUGGCAUAACUCUGCUUAGAAUUGCACUGGUAAUCACUAAAUACGACCCCUCUCCCCAACAAACCUAAGAGAUUUGCAGUUAAAAUUAUGGAAACUUCCCUCUUGAACCUUUUGUUAUAAGAAGACUCAGAUUUCCAGGUUUCAAUGAUAGUCUUAAAUAAAUAAAAAUUCAAGCUUU